UAUACAUUUAGAGAAGAGAACACAACCGGUAAACACUAGACACACAUUCUUAAAAUAAAUCAUAACAAUAUCAGUUGAGGAACGCGCCAAAUAGAAUAAGAUAGACCUUGACCCAGACUCCACCUCAAUGCUAAGUAUUGACAUUAUUUUACGUCUACUAUUGUUCUGCCUAGCAAGUAGCAGCGCCGUUAAUUUGUCAUUUCUUUCGACGCCAUCGGCCAUUCUCGCACGCAUUUUUCUUACAACAAUGAACAAAUUAAGGAAAAAUGCUCGUAUUUCUUUUUGUGCAGUUUUGUCACUUUUGUUAGUCAGUCUCGUGUUUUUGUUGUGGUAUAUCAAUGGUGUAUUUAAUGACUUAUCAAAGCAGUUAGAUACUUCUAACUGCUUAUCUAAACAGUUAGAUACUUCUAACAAAAGCAUUAAAUUAGUAAGCAGAACUUAUAAAAUGGGGCCAGAUUUUUUUCCACGUUUUUUCCCCUCGUCUCAAUCGGAGGAAUUUCCACAUCAUACAUUGAUCCUCUUAAACAUUAAAAAAGAAAACAACUUGUCAAACCGGAUUAGGAGAAACUCUCAAAAUGCAACAACAAUCAAGACAGAUUCAUUAAACUACACCAUUCAUAACAAUUUUUCUUCAUCAACCACUCCUUUGAGUCUUCUUGUGAAUCAAACAUCAAAGACAACAAAAAAAAAUCAUACAUCAGAAAAAUAUGAUAAUAAUAUUAUGAGCGUGACAACACCAUCUAUUAUUGGAAAGAAUAUUGAAAAUUUGGCCAACUUUACUACCUUGACCAAUAAUUCCUUAUCAGGGAUUGUCGAAUUUAACAGUCUAGCUGAAAAAGAAGAAGAAAGGAAAGAAAAUAGCAGAGGCAUUGAUGUUUGGACUAUAGGUUCACUUUUGUUCUUUGUUUUCUUUAUGGUGGCUACUGCUUACUAUUACAUGAGUAACAUUAGUUCACGACUCUGGUUGUUACGUUGAUGUGGUGGUGAUGGAGUUCGUUCAAUGUUUCCCAACAUCAAUACAGAGUCUGCUGUCUGAUUUUUCCAGUUAAAAAAUGUUUGGAGUUAAGAGCUGGAAAAGAUUUUCCAGUUAAAAAGAACUGUACUUUUCUAGCCUUAAACUCCAAAAACUUUUUAUUAUUAAUUAUAUACUUAAUUAUUUUUUUAAUCAUAAGAAUAAUGUUCGAAACAUAAUGUUACCCCACAAAACAAUUCUAAGACUUAUGGAAAAGAAAUUCUAUAAAUUAAUUACUCUAAAGCACAUAAUUUUUAGAGAUACUAAAAGUUUACGUUUAUUCUAAAUUUAACACUUGU